AUGAUGCUUGGUGUGGUUAUUGCCAGCCGAUUUUCAAUUGGUCACUUAGAGAGCCGCUAUAGUUUUGCGAUGGGGGGCAGUGCUGAUGUUGCUGGCACAGCGGCAAUUGUUGUCCUUUACUUGCGGCGAGGGAGAGAGAUGGGUCGACUAGGCAGGAGGAGGAGGGGGAGGGGGUUGUUCGCAGGUGGUCUAAGGCUGUUGGAAUUGCUCUAUCCAGAAGUGGGGUAG